AUGGGGAUUUGGGCCUCCCGCGCGUGUGGCACGACUGCCGUGUCCUCCGCGCCUCCCCACGGCCGCGACACGGAUGCGCUGCUAAAAGACUUUGACACCACAGCCCCAACGGUGGCUGUUAUUGGUGCCGGGAUGGCCGGGGUUCACGCUGCGUACGAGCUCGCCCAGCUUGGCUUCCGGGUCACCGUCUUUGAGCAGCGCCGCGCAGUUGGGCUGGGCGAAACGCAGUACGCCUUUCCGUUUGUGGGAGUCGGUCUCCUGCAGCCGUACAUUCACGCGCUACGCAUGGGGCGGGAAUUGUUGCACGGAACGUUGAAAGUGGCGUGCCCGGAUAUCAUUUCCGCAGAGGGUUCAUGGAAUUCCUUCUUUUCUGCCGCCAUUCACCGCUGGUUGUGGGCGCGGCGCUGGAAUACGCUCACGGAUGCCCAGGUGAUGCAGUACACAAACAACUUGUCAAGGCUGAGCGUCGACGUUGUGGAAGAUCUCGCUCGUAGGCACAGGAGUCUGUCACCGUACAUUUUGAGUCGCAGUGUGUCGGUGGGCACGUUUGACCCCACUGCGGGCGGCGCUGGCGGAGUAGACAUUGCCGCGACGGCGCAUUCGAGACCGUUGCUGAUUGACCCUGUCGGCUGGACGCGUGAGUUGGCGCGGAUUGCGCAAAGGCAGUACGGCGUGGAGUUUCUCCUCGGCGAGAGGCUGGUCGACAGCACCACGUAUCUCCGCUACAGUGCUGAGAUGGUGUCGACGUUGCGUUUUGCCCGCGAGACGGAUGGCCACACGGAAUUCAACAACCGCCGUUUUGACGUUGUUGUGCUCACUGCCGGGACGCACACGGGACCGCUGACGUGGGGUUCCUCGCAGCUCCCCAUUAUCGGUUUAAGCGGCUGCUCCGUCGCGCUCAAGGCGAAUUCUAGCGCCGUGGCGUCUUCGCCGCUGGCAGGCGCGCUGGACAGGGUUGCGCCAGGCCUGGUUUCGCUGUCGCCAGGCAGUCAUCUUGUGGCGUACAAGCUCCCCGCCCGAGAUGACGCCGAGAGCAAUGCAGAGGAUAGCAUCAUCCUGCAGGGCUUGAUGUCGUUUGACUCCACCGUCAAGUCCGAGGCCAACGUUGUGGGGAUGCUGAAGUGCCUAGAAAAGUACCUUCGUGUGAAGUGUAGUCUUCACCUCCCACUUUUGCAAGAGUAUCAGCAACAACGACCGCGGGUGGAUGAGGUGGCGGAAGCGGCAUCCGCGCCAAUCCCCCACAUGAGAGCCGCGAGGUACAUCCGCUCGUUUACUCCAGACGGUGUGCCGUUGAUAACGAAUAACGGGGCGGCGUUUAACUCCUUUGUUUGCGCAGGUUUUGGCGACCAUGUCGCAGACAUGGCGCCUGGUUCGGCGAGAAUACUAGCGAAACUCAUUGAGGCACAGGCCUCUGUCAUGUUGCACUCUGACGAGGAGGAACUGCAACGCGGCGGCAAACGCAUCGAUCCUGUGAUGACGGAGCGGCGUCUUGUUCAACUCCACCAGGAGUUGCAGAUGCUAUGGAACGGGUGGUUGGCCACCGCAGCUCCUCCACCUGGGCAAGAAGUGAAGACGUUUGGGCAGAAUCCUUUUUCGGUGUCCCGCUUUGCUGGGGUCGUGAGGGACAAGGCCCCUGAAGUGACGCACACCUCGUUUCUGUGCCGGUUGUCAACUGCGGAGACGGCCUUGGUGCGUGCGUCCGAGCCAUGGGGCCACUACCUGAAUAAGCAGGCCAUCAAGCUGGCGCGCCAGGACAACAUGCCGGAUUGGCUACGAACGAUCGUGUACUACUACUUCAAUGCGGAGGAGGAUGACGAGGAGCUGCGGCGAUCGAGGCAACAGUACGCUGAGGGCAUCCGACGCAUCCGUGAGGAGUUUGAGGGCAAUACCCGCGCUGCGUCGUCAUCCUUGCCGUGCGACGGAACAGCACGGUGA